AUGUCUGAGGAAAGACAAAAAUUAUUGCAACAAAAGCGACAACGACUAUUAGAGUUAAGACAAAAGAGAGCUUCUAAUGCAAAUGCCAAUGUUGAUGCUGCUCAUCAUGUUAAGCAAAGUAUUGAUGUUUCAAUUCAAACCGAUCCAAUAGAAGUAAACAACAUACAAAAAAGUGAAGUUAGAAUUGAGAGUGAAACAAAACAACUAAUUACAUAUGAGGCAGGAGUUCAAACUACAAGUGCAAUAGAGGAUGUACCGAAAGAAAAAUCUGAGCCAAUAAAACCAAAUUUUAUAAACAAAUCAGAAAUAUCUCCAAAUGAACUCAAUACAUCUAUCAUCGACUCAAUAAAAUUAAUAAAUAAAUUACAAAUCACUAAGACUGUCAAUUUGAAGAAAAAAGAAGAGGAAGUUAAAGUCAAUUUAAAUUUUGUCGAAUCCUCGGAGCAUUUUAAAUUUGAUCGACCGAUAACAUCAGUAGAUCGUAAAGACUCAUCAUUAGUUGUUUCAUUCGAAAAGUCCUCCAAAUUCGAUCAUGAUGCAAUAAUAUAUCACAUCGAAGAAGGAUCAUUAAUACCAACAAACUACUUGACUUGUAUACCAGCAAUAACUAAUAUUCAAUUUGAUAAAUUCAACCGUCAAAAAACACUAGGUUUUUCAAAUCAUGAUAAAUUUUGUAUAUGGGAGUUAGAUUCCAGUGCAUUAAUUCAAAAUCCUACAAUAAUGACAAAUUCUAGUUUUCUACUAAAACGAAAAGAUUGGCUUUCUCAUAAUGAUACCAUAGUCCUUACUAAACAAAUCAAGAUAGAUACUAAUGAAUGUUUGUUAACUUUAUCAAAAAACCUUAUAUUAAACAUAUGGUCAAUGAAUUUAUUAAGUUCACCCAAGUAUUCGUUCGAUUUAAAUGAUAAGAAAGAGGUUAAACUUCAAAGAAUAAUGGAUGCAAUAUACAUAGGCGAUGAAGAACUUGUUGGAGAGGUCAAAUCUGAUGUGUUCAAGAUACUUUUGAUAGGUGUAGAUAACAAGAUAUAUGAUGAGGCACUUUCAAGAAUACACGAAGAUUCAAGUCUUCUAUUGACCACGUCAAUAGCCAGUUUGAGUCGAGACUAUAUUAUAACUGCACAAUUAGAUUGGAGAUUAAUAAUUUGGAAAAAAGAUCAAUUCCUACCUUAUAAGAUCAUAAAUUAUUCAAAAAAGAUAUUGAAAGUCAUAGCACGGCCAGAUAACGAUUUCCAAUUUUUGACCUUGAGUGAGUAUCAAAAUAAACAGUACAUUGAAUUUUGGGAUUUUACGAUACAACUAUACAAGCCUUUGUUGAAGAUUGUGGAACAAAAUAAAUCUAUUGAUAUUUUACAAUUUAAUGGCCCUAAUGAGUUGUGUGUGGGAGAUGAAAAAGAAAUAACAAAUUACAAGUUAAAUAAAGAUUAUAAAUUUGUUAAUGAUGUAAAUACAUUUGAUAAAGGUCUAUCUAUAUAA